CAACCGAACGCCUCCCUUCCCGUAGACUCGGACACCCCUCUUCUCUCUGUAGAUCCACCAUCAUGAAGAUAAUUACAAUCUUCAAUUCCUUCACUGAAACACUUGAUCCAUGUUUCUUGGACCUCACAAGAAGAAGUAGAAGAAGAAGAUUGUUUUUAGCAUUUGCAUAUGGCGUGUAUGAAGCUGGGGACGAAGGCUGAAGCAUUCCGACGUGAAGGACAUACUUGGCAGUGUACAAGUGGGCUUCCAAGUGAUGCCACAAUUGAGAUUGGAGAAAUGUCAUUUCAUCUCCACAAGUUUCCUUUGAUUACGAGAAGUGGACUAAUGACGAAACUUAUUGGAGAUUUAUCGAAUGAAGAUGAACAUGUUUGUGUCGUGCAUCUUGAUGAGAUACCCGGCGGAUCCAAAACAUUUGAACUUAUUGCCAGAUUUUGUUAUGAUGUAAAAAUAGAGGUUACAGCCCACAAUGUUAUCAGCCUUAGAUGUGCAGCAGAAUACCUCCAAAUGACCGAUGAUUAUGGAGAAGAAAACCUCAUUACACUAACUGAAAGCUUUCUUAUUGAAGUGUUCGCCACUUGGGCCGACACCAUGAAAGCUCUCGAAAGCUGUGAGGAAGUUCUUUGUGAUGCCGAAGAGCUAUUUCUCGUUACCAGAUGCAUUGAUUCUUUGGCAACAAAAGCCUGCAUGGGUUUCAAUGCAGCCGGGAAUAACCAAGAUACGGCACCAACUUCAAUCGUCUGGAAUGGGAUCUCUACUUCCAGCAAGCCAGAAACAACACACGAUGACUGGUGGCAUAGAGAUGUUUCUUUCCUCGGUUUACAUCUCUAUAAACAAGUAAUUCGAGCUAUUGCAUCUCGAGGCAUGAAACCUGAGACGAUAGCCCGGUCUCUCGUGGGGUACGUCAAGAGAUACAUACCCUUAAUGAACAGACAAUCUAGUUUCAACGAUGCAAACCAUUGUAAAACGGUUUCAUGUCCAUCCGAGGCCGAUCAAAGGUAUCUUUUUGAAGAAAUCAUUGAGUUACUUCCUCACCAAAAGGGGAUCAUUGCCACCAAGUUUCUUAUACGUUUCCUUCGUACCGCCAUGAUCUUACACGUGAGUCCAUCUUGUCGAGAAAAUCUCGAGAAAAGGGUCGGGGCCCAGUUGGAUUCAGCGGUCUUAGAUGACAUAUUGAUACCAAAUCAGGGAUUCAACACAGUGGAGACUUUGUAUGACAUAGACUGUUUUCAAAGAAUUCUUGACUAUUUCAUGUCUAUGGAUCAGGCUCCAAGUACACUAUGUUCUCCGUGCAUAGUCGAAGAGGGGUCCGAGGGUGGGCCCCAGUCUUUGGCAUCGAUGACGUCCGUGGCUAAUCUCGUUGACGCGUUUCUCGCUGACGUGGCAGCUGAUGUUAAUAUGAAGCUGUCGAAGUUUCAGUCUGUUUGUGCUUCUGUCCCCGACUAUGCUCGCCCGCUUUCUGAUGGCGUUUAUCGUGCAAUUGAUAUAUAUUUUAAGGCGCAUCCUUGGCUUUGCGACAACGAAAGAGAGCAAAUGUGCAGACUUAUGAACGUCCAAAAGCUGUCGCUGGAUGCAAGCACUCAUGCGGCUCGGAAUGAGAGGCUGCCUCUCCGUGUGAUCGUUCAAGUCCUUUUUUUUGAACAACUACGGCUGCGAACAUCAAUUGCGGGAUGGUUUUACGUGUCGGAAAAUCUCGAGAACACGAAAAACGAAAGCGGUGGUGGUGAAGUGGUUCGAUCACAGGAAAAGGAAAGGGAAAGAGGAAGUAGGAUGACAGGAAUGGGCGAGAUGAGGGACCGCGUUCUUGACCUCGAGAGAGACUGUGAAACCAUCAAGUAUGAGAUUCGUAAAAUGGUCAAGAAAACCAAGAGAAAUUGGAACUUCUUUUGCAAGCGUAAAACUAAGAAAAUCUGAUAUAAAGCUCUACGAUCUCGAGUAUUAUUUUUUCUUUGUCAAGAAAACCGAGAGAAGUAUUGGAAUUUCUUUUGAUAAAAGAAUUCGAUAUUCCGCUACGACUU